AUGAUUUGUUGGCUAUGUCUUUUAUUGUGCCUAUUUGUUUUUAAAGUCCUCUUUUAUGAUUUUGUCUCUGUGCACAAUGUCUUUGUAUCUGUUGGUGCUGUCAAAAGUAAUCCGCCCCUCCUUAUCAGUCUUAAUGUAGCUACAAAGUCCAUCCAAUUUGAAGUUGAUACAGGAGCUGGCGCAACUGUCAUGUCCCGAGCUCAAUUUAGGAGUACCUUCAGAUAUCUUACCUUGGUUCCAUCCAAGAUUAUUUUACAUUCCGUCAAUGGAAUGAUAGCCAACGCAGGAGAGGUGACUGUAGAUGUAAAUUUUAAUCAUGUCUGUCAUAAAUUAAGUUUCAUCGUCUGUGAUAAUACCCCCAAUUUCACACCCUUAUUGGGUAGGAAUUGGCUUGAUGUGAUCCUUCCUCAUUGGAGGUCUGUUUUAGUACAAAAUCAAAUUAAUGUUGUAAAUGAUUGCAAUCCUCCGUCAGUAGAGGAGUUAAGAGUGUUAUUCCCAUCAGUGUUUGAUUCUAAGGCAGAUUCAGUCAUAAAAGGGUUCACUGCCACUUUAGUUCUAAAACCCAAUGCAAUUCCUGUAUUUGCUAAAGCCUAUAAUGUAGCUUUUGGUUUGUUAGAUAAAGUCAGCAAACACUUGGAUAAUUUAGUCCUUUUGGGUAAAGCCAUUCGUGUCAGACAGUCCGAAUGGGCUUCUCCAGGUGUUGUAGUUCAAAAGAAGGAUGGUACUAUUCGUUAUUGUGCUGAUUUUAAGCGGACACUGAAUCCUCAGUUACGCAUUGAUUAUUAUCCCCUGCCUAGACCCGAUACUGUUUUUGCUACCCUGUCUAAUGGUGUGUUCUUUACUAGUCUCGAUUUGUCUGAUGCUUAUACGCAGUUGCAGUUAGAUCCUAAGUCUCAAGAUCUUUGUGUGUUGAAUACCCACAUGGGUUUAUUUAAGUUAACUCGUUUGAUCUAUGGAGUAGCGAGUGCUGCUGCAAUUUUUCAGUCUGUGAUGGAUAGGAUUUUAAUAAAUUUGCCUGGUGUUACCCGUUAUUUAGAUAAUAUUUUAAUUAAGGGUGUAAGCUUGUCUGAUUGUGUUAACAAUACUAUGCUAGUCCUAGCUCGACUAGAGAAACACAAUGUUCGACUAAGGUUGGACAAGUGUGAUUGGUUCGUACCUGAACUUCAGUAUCUUGGUUUUGUGAUUUCUAAAGAAGGUAGAAAACCAAACCCUUCCUUGGUUUCCGCCAUUGUUGAUUUUGCACCCCCUGUCAAUUGUGCCCAAAUUGGUACAUUCCUAGGAAUGUUAAGCUUUUAUGCAGAGUUCUUACCCAAUCUUAGUACUGUUGCUAAACCUUUAAGGUCCCUUAAUGGUGAUAAGUAUGAUUGGAAUGUAGAGUGUCAAGUGUCAUUUGACUUGUUAAAAAAUAUGUUAACUUCUUCGGAGUGUUUGAUGCAUUAUGACCCAGAUUUGCCAAUAGUUGUGUCUGUAGAUGCUAGUCCUGUAGGCAUUGGUGGUGUGUUAGCACAUGUUGUUGAAGUUAAUGGUAAAAAAGUCGAAAGACCUGUCAUGUUUAUCUCUGCAACAUUGUCUCCAACCCAAAUGGCAUAUGCCCAGGUAGAUAGAGAAGCUUUAGCUAUUGUUCACUAUUGUUGA